CUGACCUCGAAAAUCGUCUGACGUAUGCACAGCGCAGCCCGUGAUUGGUCAACAUUUUUACGCCUGUGCAGCGACGCGAUUGUCGUGACGCGAAAACGCGAGGGAGGGGGAACGCGAAUGGAGGCCGUUGGUGUUUCAGAGCCGAAACAAUCGAGGGAGAAAUACAUGAGGAAAACUUAAAUAGAAAGCUUGUGAAUCUUUAUAUUCCAUUAUAGCGAAACUCAUAUCUCAGAUACAGGUAUAACUGUGUUGGCGGAGCUCGUGAAGCAGCGCUUGUCAGUAUUUAGUGUUUGUUUAUAGUGUUAGUGAAGCUCAGAGGCCCGGAUUCACUCUCUUCAUUAACCAGGGAAUAUGAGACAGAUGCCACAAUGACAUCUAGAUUUGGAAAAACAUACAGCCGAAGAGGCGGCGAUGGGACCUCGAAGUUUGACGAGGUGUUGUCCAAUAAAAGAGCCACGCUCAGCACCAAAUGGGGCGAGACGACUUACAAAGCCAAGGUGGGAGCAAAGAGGCCUGGUUUGAAGACCGAGGUGAUAGAUCAGACCAAGAGGACCAAGGUCUCGGAUGGUGAUGGAUCAGAGGAUCCGUUCGGAUUCGACAGUGACGACGAAUCCAGGCCGGUCACGUCUCGUAACGUAGCCCAGCCUAAAUCCAAAAUGACGUCAACAGGGGGAUCCCAAGCCAGCCUAACACUGGAGCCCAACAGCAGGGUGAACCAGCCCGCCAGCAUAGAGGCUGUGGCCCCCAGCAGGGCCCCUUUCUCUCUCAGCACUGAGAGAAGUGCUCACAAAGUGCCAGAGGAUCCUGGGAAAUUGUUUAACACCUCUACUGCAGGAAAAACCCAGAGUUGGUCCAUCGAGAGCACAGACCGCCACAGCUACUCAUGGUACAAAAACCCUUCUGAAAGCGACACGAGACCUCUUGCCCAGACCACCACAUUAAAGUCUGAAAAAACAGAGGACAAGGAUUCUUACGAUGCCUGGAGCGCUGUGGUCGGUCUGGGAGCACGCUCCACAUCCCUCUUUACCGGACCUAAAGACCCUCCGUCUACCUUGUGGGCAUCCAGUAGUUACAGUCACAGCAACAUUCAGGGCAAAACCUCCACUGAGACUCGGUUAGACGAGUUUGCUCAAGGAAACUUUAAUUUUCCUGUUGAGCCAUCUGAAAGUGAGGACCACUCUCAGUCUGUGCUUAGGGCGUCCAACUGCAGAACGUACUGCAGACCCAGUAAAGGCAAACAGCCUGGUGGAGCUGAUGGGAGUGGAAGCGCUUCCAGUGAUAGCUCCAUGGGAAUGUUGGAGAACAGUGGGGCCGAAAAUUCUGGGAAAACUAUAAACAGAGGUCGGACGAGAGACUUUACAGUGCUACACCCGUCUUGUGUUUCCAUGUUUAACGUCACCUUCCAGGACUCCAUGGACCGUAGUAUGGAGGAGUACACAGCCAGCGCCCCAGCUGCUGGUCCAGGAGAUACAGGAAGACUGAGGAAGAAAAUGGAGGCAGAAAGCAAACCUUCCAGUCGAUCCAGACCCACACAGAGCAAAGCGAAGAGCAGUAAGCUGGAGCUCUUUGGGUUUGAUGACACGGAUGCUGUGCCUGAGGAUGACGACUCUGCUUCAGGAAGCUCUAACUACAGGAUCAAAUACUUCGGCUUUGAUGACCUGAGUGAGAGUGACAGUGAGGAAGAUGAGGGUUCCUCUGAAAGAAGGAAAGCUAAGAGGAAGGCUGCAGCAGGCAUAGCAGUGCCAUUGAUGUCUACAGAGGCCAAUGUUGACAGUCCUCAGCCCAGAGAGAUACAGAUCUCUCAGAGCAGUCACACUGCAGGUCACAGUCACAACCUUAAAAACGAUCCUCUGGAAUUUCCAGAGGUUCCCUUUCCCUUUGAGACAGUAAAGAAACCUCAGGUCAAAGCUCAGGAGAAAGCCAAGGAGAGCAGCAGGAAGAUCUUCAGCGGACCUAAGAAGUCGCCUACUAAAGCUGUGUAUAAUGCAAGACACUGGAACCAGCCAGAGCCAGAAGAACUGCUGCCCAUGCCUCCAUCACGAUCUCAGGCUCCUCCAGCCGCUUCAUCGGGAGGCAGUAAAGAGUCGAACUCGCACAAGGACGACGGAGUGUUCAAAGCUCCAGCUCCUCCUCCCAAAGUCAUCAAGUCCGUCACUGUCCCCACAGAACCUUACCAGGACAUGGUCACUGCACUCAAAUGUAGGAAAGAACAUAAGGAGUUGUUCACCGUUGUUCAGCAUGUGAAGCACUUUAAUGACGUGGUGGAAUUUGGCGAGAAUCAGGAGUUCACCGAUGACUUUGAGUAUCUUGCCACUGGUCUGAAGACUGGUCAACCCCUUAACACACGCUGCCUUAGUGUUAUUAGUUUGGCCACACGGUGCGCCAUGCCCAGUUUCAGGAUGCACCUGAGGGCUCGUGGGAAACUGGCUCAGGUCUUUAAAACUCUCAGUGAUGCACCUCAACAUCCAAAUCUAGCUCUAUGUACGGCUUCUCUGAUGUACAUUCUCAGCCGAGACCGUUUAAACAUGGACCUGGAUCGGGCCAGUCUGGAUCUAAUGAUUCGUUUGCUGGAAUUAGAACAGGACAAUUCCAUUGGUGAUCAGCUAACGACAAAAGAGAUAAAUAAAGUAAAAGAAAAGAUUCGCAAACUCUGCGAAACCGUCCAUAAUAAGCAUCUCGACUUGGAGAAUAUCACGACGGGACAUUUAGCAAUGGAGACAUUGUUGUCGUUGACGUCAAAGAGAGCGGGGGAUUGGUUUAAAGAAGAACUCCGGCUUCUGGGAGGCCUCGACCACAUUGUAGAUAAAGUUAAAGAGUGUGUGGAAAACCUGAGCCGAGAGGAUGAUAAGGAGAACCUAGUGGCGUCAUUGUGGGGGGCUGAGAGAUGUUUGCGUGUUCUAGAAAGUGUAACAGUUCACAAUCCAGAAAACCAGGCCUACCUGAUCGCGUACAAGGACUCUCAGCUCAUAGUGUCUUCAGCGAAAGCGUUAUGGCACUGUGAGGAGAUGAUCCAGAGGUACAGUCGAGAGGUGAACAGAGGCCUGUGCUCGUCGGGCACACCGCUGCCCUACUGCAGCAACAGCAAUGUUGGCAAAGCUGUAGAAGACUGUAUGCGAGCUAUCAUCGGGGUCCUGCUAAAUCUCACACAUGACAACGAAUGGGGCAGCACAAAGACGGGCGAGCAGGAGGGGUUUAUGACCACGGCGCUGAACUGUGUGCUCAGGGUGCCACAGUACCUGCCGCAGGAGCGGAGGUUCGAUAUCAGAGUCCUGGGUCUGGGCUUGCUCAUUAAUCUGGUGGAGUACAGCGCGAGGAACAGACACUGUCUGGUGGAGCUGCAGAUGGAAGGAGGUGAAGUCUGGGACUCCAUGUGUGUAUCUGACAAAGAUGAGUUGCAGACUGAGAGGUCUCUCAGUGCCAUUGCUGCUCUGGUGAAGCUUUUUCUUCAGAGAGAACAUGCAGCCAUGUUAGCGGAGGCGGAGACGGAUGACUUCAUCAACGAUCCGCCAAAGUCCCAACUGGACCAGAGUGGAGAAUGGAAGGAGACCAAUGAAGAGAUCCAGUGGGUCGCUUCAGAAAACAACAGCACAGAGGACAAGAAGAAGGAAGAGGAGGAUGAAGAACUUGAUCUCAACAAAGCUCUUCAGCAUGCUGGCAAGCACAUGGAGGACAGUAUCGUGGCAUCAUACACUGCACUGCUUUUGGGUUGUCUGUGCCAGGGGAGCCCUAUGAAUGUGACUACUGUGAGGGAAAACCUGCCAAAAGGGGAUUUUUCAGUCUUGACAGAAAUGCUGAAGAAGUUCUUGAAUUUCAUGAACCUUACAUGUGAUGUGGGCACCACGGGACAGAAGUCUAUCUCCAGGGUCAUUGAUUAUCUGGAACACUGCUAGUGUGUUUGCAGAGCUCCACACAGAGACCUCAGAUAACUGCUGCCCAACCCAACACACCUGGAAAACAACCCACCAUCAUCAUCAUCAUCAUCAACCAGUACCUUCCUCAUUCAGACUGUACAGAAUUAAAUCUAAAGCACAUCAUAUUCACGGAACUCUAUUAAAAGGAGCUGUUUUGAUUGAGUUUGUCACAAGCUGUUCACCCAUUUCGUCUUAAAAUGUUUUAUCAUGAAAUAAUUGUGUUCCUCGCAUCACAAUCCUCCCUAAUCUGGCGUCUAUUGAUCAGUCGCCUUGGAAGCUGGUUUUCAUCGGCAGAAAUGGAGAGAGUGGCUUUGAUAAAACUUGUUAAAGGAUUUCUCCCCCUCUGUUUGUUUUAUUCCUCUCUCAAGUCUGUGAAUUUAAAAGCGCUCGACACUGACCUGAACAAUUGGAGGGCGAAUCCAAAACCGCAUUCGAAAUUCUGGUUCUCUUUGAAAUGCCGGAAAGACAUGCCCUCCUGGUUCAAAUCCAUUCUCUUCGCUUCAGGAUGUGCUCCCUUUGUGUUGCACAAAUUCGUUUUUAAUCGAUAGCGCUAUGUCAGAGGUCUGCAAAUGAAUAAAUUACAUCACUUUCCAUUUCGCUAGGGCAGGAAAGGGACAAAGCGUUUUUAGAAUGUUGUAGUAGUUGUGAUUUUUAACUGUAUUUUCCAAAUGCCAGAACGUUAACUGUAAUGUUAACAACCCUGAUGUCCAAACCUUAUGUGGUUUAAAAUCGACAGUCAGACUUAUUAAAUCGGGCAAUAUGCCGAAUUAUGCUUGGCUGCAAAACCGUGUUGUGCAAGAGAGAAAUGAUUGGGAAUUUGAAUGAAUUCAAAUGCGUUUUUGAAGCCAGGAAAUGUCAUCCAUGGGUUUGGGUCAUGGCUACAUGGUAACCCUGAGUUCAGCUAAAAUUCUUCUGCAUGUGCUGCUACUGAGGUUUGGUUAGAGCCAAAGUUGCUGUGAGAAUUAAAGAUAAAUGCAAUAACCGUUUCAAUGAAUGCUGGUUUCCGUCUAGCCAUGACCUUGGGUUUGGAUGCUCAACCAUUUAAGUGAGCCACACAACAAACUUUCACGCUACAUUUCAAGAGUUUGUGUCAUAAACUACAUACUGAAUAAGUCCUGUUUUGUUUAUGGUUGGUGUUUUUUAUACAAGAUUGAAUUUAGCACUUGACAUCUCUCUGAUAAGGCCAGUAGAUUCUUAUUUUGACCCAAACUUGUUCUGAUCUUCUCAAGGUUGUUUUCAGAAGCGCUUUAUUGUUUGUUUGACUUCUAAAGCGAUCGCCUUCAGCAGGCGUUUUGCUGCUGUUCAUGACUGAAAUGGACUGAAAUAACUUCAGUGCACAGCUUAACGAAAGCAAAGCUAGGGAUCAUUUUCCCCCUCACCGCUUAAAUGUUUUGGUUCACUCUGUUACACGGAACACUAUGAGUUGUAUUUUCUGGGCUGUUCUGGGCACAGUCCUACAGUCUGUAUCUGAGCUUCAAACAUCACAACGGGAUUGAAUUCACACAGCGGGGAACUGAAUGAAGCAACACGAACUGUAAAUACUCGUGUAAAUAUUGGAUGUUGGAGAACAAGAUAGACUACUUUUCUGAAUCCAAUCGUUUUAUUUUAUACCGCAUUUUUCUCAGUUGUGUUUUUUGAGAUAAGAGUUAUCGAAAAGCCAACUGCAGGAACAUCAAAUUUGUACCAAUUUCAAAAUAAUGUCUUUGGUUACUUGUACAUAAUUUUAACGCAAAUAAAAUUGCUACUUUCAGUA